AUCAACAGAGAAGAAGCGUGCAGAACUUUGAACACAUCAUAAUAGUAUUUUUCUUGUUACGUUUAUGUUUUUAUGUCGAUUAAUAAUGUCGAGCUGGAAUAUGGGUCGUGUUAGCACGCUAAUCGCUGUGGCGUCAGGUGUAUCCGUGGUUUACCUCUUUCACUCAGUGUUUUACUCUUCUCACACUAUAUUUAAAACCCAAACUGUAUUUGAAUCCCAAACACACCUGCCAGGCUGUCUUUACCUCAUGACCAGAUACAUUUAUCAGUCUCUCCGAAAAAAACGAGGACAAAUGAGAAAAGACAAAGAAACAAACGACGAACUUGUUUUUACUGUGAUUAAUUGCAGGUAUGACGGCGUCUCUUUGAGGAGAUUCUGCAGUGUUUCCGGUUAUGGCUGGGAUUAUCCUGACAGUGUCUUCAGAGAUCUUCCCUUGUGUUUCCCUGAGUUUCUCUUCAAAAGGCUGAUCACCAUGAUUGUGUGCUCAGACAGAUUCCUACUGAGCCCUUCUGGUCUGCUGGUUGUCUCUGAGACUGUGAGUCUGACUGAGGCUGUGGAUGAGCUGAAGAAAGGGCCGUUUUCCCUGCAGGCCUUAGUGCUUGACUACAGGACUGCGAGUUCAGGAGUGGAGGUGGAUCUGACUUUAAGAGCAUCCAGGCAUCAGCGGCCCGUAUGGAGCAGCACACUGACUCUGCUGUCUCCUAGAAACACACACACACCUGAAGCUCAGCCUGACUUAAACAUCACACAUGAUCCUGCUUCAGAGAGGUGUCUCAGUCUGGCUGUUUCAUGGUCCAGCGCUGUGAGAUGUGCCUGGUUGUUUGAUGAUGUGUUUGGUUGGUGGAGGUUUAUCUGUCCCACUGCUCACCCGCUGUGGAUGUUCGCCAGGUGCAUGGCAGAGAUGGAGAAGCACAAAGGAGUUGAAGUGGUGAGAGCUCCUCUAACUGUGUCCGUCUGUUACAAACAGCCUGUGUGCUUCCCGAGGACAGUCAACAUCAGAGUCAGUGAAAACACUUCUGAAACCACAGCAUCGUUUUCAAUGGAGGAGCAGAGAACUGGGACCCUUUUCAUCUCGGGACAGAUAAAACGACAGAUCAGUGAGAAGGCCGAAUGAGGGUGAUUUUACAGACUUUACAGAAAAGAUGCUCAACACUUAAAGGAACUCCGCUUGUUUUGGAGCUAGGCUCAUUUUACAAGUCAUCUGGAGUUAAACAUUUGAGUUUUACCAUUUUAGCGCUUUUAGCUUAGCUCUGCAUAAAUUAAUGAAUCGGAUUAGACCAUUAGCAUUGUACUCAAAUAUGUAAAAAUGAAAAAAAAAAUUCAUUCAUUCAUUUUCUUUUGGCUUAGUCUUUGAUUUUAUCAGAGAUCGCCACAGCGGAAUAAACCGCCAACUAUUCCGGCAAAUGUUUUAUGCAGCGGAUGCCCUUUCAACAGUAACCCAGUACUGGGGAACACCCAUACACUCUUGUAUUCCCACACACACACACACACACACACACACACACACACAUUCAUACACUACAGCCAAUUUAGUUAGUCCAAUUCACCUAUACCGCAUAUCUUUGGACUGUGGGGGAAACCAGAGCACUCGGAGGAAACCCACGCCAACACUGGAGAACAUGCAAACUCCACACAGAAAUGCCAACUGAUCUACCCAGGACUCAAACCAGCGACCUUCUUGCUGUGAGGCGACAGUGCUAAACACUAAGCCACCAUGAAAAAGUUGCUGCUUACUAGGCUGAUAUUGCCAGGAAUUAUACUCUCAUUCUAGCGUAAUAAUUUAGUUUUUUGAGUGAGAUGCUAAUGGUCUAAUCCGAUUCAAUGAUCUAUGCUAAGCUAAGCUAAGUGCUCCCGUCAGACCUGGAGAUUGACUAAAUAGAUUAAAAAAUGGUAAAACUCAACUGUUUAACUCUAGAAGAGUUGUAAAAUGACCAUAUUUCCUUAAUGGUGUGAAGCCAACCUGGAGCACAAAUAGUCAACGCAAAGGUUUCAAUUUCCAGUGAAAGCAAAAACAGAUAAAAAUGAGUUCCUUCAGUACAAUAUACAGUAUAUUAAAAUUAAACCCCCAGUUGUGCUGUGUUUUGAGCCUUAGCAUCAAACGUGACAGUUCAUUUUCAUUUAUUUCAUUUAUUCAUUAAUUAAUUCGGAUUAGUCUCGGAUUUAUCAGGGGUUGCCACAUGAAAUGAACCCCUGACUAUUCGGGCCGCUACCCAGUAGUGGGAAACACCCAUAUACUCUCAGAUUUACACACACACUCAUACACUACGGCCAAUUUAGUUCAUCCAGUUCACCUAUACCUCAUAUCUUUGGACUGUGGGGGAAACCAGAGCACUCGGAGGAAGCCCACGCCAACACUGGGAGAACAUGCAAACUCCACACAGAAAUGCCAACUGAUCCACCCAGGACAAAAACCAGCGACCUUUUUGCUGUGAGGCGACAGUGCUAACCACUGAGCCACCGUGCUGCCCCAGUUUUGAUAAUUUUCCUAUUUAAAGCUUGACUAUUCUGUAGUCACAUUGUUUACUAAGACUGGCAGAAAAUAAAAAGUUGCUGCUUACUAGGCUGAUAUUGCUAGGAAUUAUACUCACAUUCUGGCGUAAUAAUUAGUUUUUUGAGUGAGAUGCUAAUGGUCUAAUCCGAUUCAAUGAUCUAUGCUAAGCUAAGCUAAAAGUGCUCCCGUCAGACCCGGAGAUUGACUAAAUGGAUUAAAAAAUGGUAAAACUCAACUUAAAACUUAAAAACUUAAAUAACUUAAAAACUGUUUAACUUAUUUAACUCUAGAAGAGUUGUAAAAUGACCAUAUUUCCUUAAUGGUGUGAAGCCAACCUGGAGCACAAAUAGUCAACGCAAAGGUUGUGGGUUCAAUUUCCAGUGAAAGCAAAAACAGAUAAAAAUGAGUUCCUUCAGUACAAUAUACAGUAUGUUAAAAUUAAACCCCCAGUUGUGUGGUGUUUUGAGCCUUAGCAUCAAAUGUGACAGUAUUUGAAAUGUAAUAAUAACAUUAAAUGUGGCUUAUUUUGGAGAA